UCAAGCUGUCGGGAACGGGAGCUGUCGCGCGGAGAAGAAGCUUGAUCGGACGGCCCUGCACGCAUGCACCAAUCUCCAAUUGAAGACUCUUCCCACCUUCAGGAAGUGCAUAGGAUUUCCGGUCGGCCUUGGGCCAACUCAACCACCAAAUAUAGCUAGCUUUCGGCCUGUCUAUUAGCUAGGUCCACCAGGCCCCAUCUCAUAAACAAGGCCCACCAAGCCCACACCCGACGGGACGGCGGCGGCGGAGGCCGGAGAAGGGACAGCCGCACAGGAGUGGUUCGCGGGAAGUCGGAAGGGCGUAGCGGACGGACAUGGCGGAGCUCGCGGAUUUGGCGGCGGCGGCGGAGGCUCCGGCACCAAGCUUGCUGUCGCUGUGCCUGGACGCGGUCGCCGCCCAUCUCACCCGCGACAGCGCGGGCGUAGGCGCGGACCGAAAUGGAUGGGCAGGAGGCUGCUGCAGCGGCGGCGGUCCCGGCGAGUUCGCAGAAGAAGUCGGAGAGGAGGCGUACGACGAGCACAUGGGGCCGGAGCAGGUCGCGGAGGCGCUUCCCUGGGAGCUUCUGCACCGGCUGGCGUCCCGGCUCCCUCCCGCCGCUCUCGAGUCGCUCCAUCACGCCGCCCAUGCCGGAUGCUGCUCUUCUGCUAAUACAACUGCUGGACUUGGAGGGCAAAAUGGUGACAGACGUGGGAUAAAACGUUCAAGGUGCGAAGAUUUCAACACAGCUUGGCAAUCGUUGUUCAAACUUCGAUGGCCCCUUGGUGUUAAUGCUGGGCAUGAUAGUGUGGCCAUUGUGGAUUGGCAGCAACAGUACUGGGAAAAACAUUUACAAGAGUGCCUGGAUGAAGCUGCAGAGAGUGCCUUUCUUCCUUCUUUUUGUGGGGGUAUUAGUGAGUCGAGUAUAUCAGCUAAAAUCAUGAAUUUCAUCUACCGCAGUGAGGACAUCCCUCGACAGCAUUCAAGAUUAACAAAUCAUUUAAGCAGAUUUGGUUGCUACACAAGGUGCUUGAGACUGCAAGGUGUUCUUUGCACUGCAGAAACUUAUGACUUGCUUCAACAUUGCAAGCUGGAAAGAUUAAUGUUCAUAAGAAUUAUAUCAGAGCCUGAGGUUAGCAGUGUAUGUCUGCUUCUGAGCUGCCAUGCGGAGACACUGCUAUCUCUUGAAUUCAUCCACUGCCAGCUUUAUCCUGCUGUCAUGGAUAAAAUAUGCAAGGCUGUUUUGCAAGAGGGAUCUCAAAGCCAUGGAAUCAAACAAUUUAGUAUUAAAUCAUCGCGUAUCUGUGAAACCAAGCCUCUGACCAUCUCAGCUGGUCUGUUAAAGUUUCUGUCAUCUGGGAAGUCGUUGCACUUGCUGUCGCUCCAUGAUACUAAGAUGCAGUCAUCAUUUGCUCAAAUGAUUAUUCACACUCUCCUUGAGUCGUCAUGUGGUUUACAAACUCUCGAGAUAUCAGAAAACAAUAUUGCAGGCUGGCUUUCGAAACUGAACAGAAGUUCUACAAGCUCCUCAUUGGCACUGAAAUCAAAUAAUUCUUUGAACUCCCUGUCCGUUGUUAACCUGAGGGGAAAUAAUUUGCAACAGGAUGAUGUUGUAGAUCUUCACAAAAUUCUAAUACAAAUGCCUAACUUAAGAGAUUUGGAUAUAAGUGGCAAUCCAAUCAUGGAUGAAGGUAUCAGAUCGUUGGUCCCUUUUAUUUCAUGGGCUAUUCAAAAGGAAAAUCCACUUUUGAAAUUAAGAGUGGAGAAUUGUGACUUGUCCAGUAUUGGUGUCAGUGAACUUCUGGAGUGCCUCACAUAUGUUAAGCAACCACUUGAUGUGCUAUCUAUAGCGGACAAUCCUUUAGGGAGUUCUGUGGCAGCCGUAUUGGCCAAAUUCUUGGGUUCACAUGUAAGGGAUCUAAAUAUUGAAGAUAUUGACUUGGGAGCAUUAGGUUUCCAAAUUCUCGAGGAAGCAUUACCAAUGGAAGUAGCUCUUUCGCAUAUCAACAUCAGUAAGAAUCGUGGUGGGAUCAGAGCAGCAUACUUUGUUUCUAAAUUAAUAUUGCAAACGCCAAACCUCGUCUCAGUCAAUGCAGCAGCCAACAUUUUACCGCCUGAAUCAUUGGAGGUCAUUUGUAACACCUUGAAGCAGAGGACAUGUAAUUUGGAGCGAGUGGAUCUGACUGGCAACUUUCAUUUGUCAAGCACUAGUUUUCCUGCAUUCCUUGAAUUCAAGAAGCAUGGAAAGCCGAUUCUGGUUGUCCCAUCAAACUUGAGCACUUGUGCUCCAUACGAUGAUGACCCAUGACUAGUAUAUAUUGGUAACUGCUUAGUGCUUGUUUUGUCUCUCCAGAGCCAUGCUGUUGCUGCUGUAUUUGUUUUGUCAUCUGGCAUAGAUUGUAUAUGGUUGUGAUUGUUGGAUCAGGCUGGUUUAUUUCCUUGGCAUUGGAUAGGAAUGAUCUGUUCGACCUGGAUUUCGAGGUGACCAUUUUUAAUACUGCAACUACAUGCAUGAUAAUACAUCAGGCAAAGGGUAAUGCCUUUGAAGUUUUAAGGUCAUUUACUGCAAAAGGAGAACUGUGAGAACCGAGAUUUUGGAUGCAUGUGUACAAGCUCUGGAGUUUGGACAGUGGUCUGUAACUGUAAGGCAAGGUGCUUAUCCAUGGAGCCUUAUAGUUUGAUAUUUAUAAUGAAGAUGUGUUGGAAACUAGGAGAAGAUGAAUGGAACUAAGGUAGCCUAAUGGAAACAAGUUAAUUUUUCGAGAUGAUCAUGGCGCUCGGGCUUUGAAUUGGUUUGCGUUCCAUAGUAUGUUGAAUAGGUUGAUGACUUGUGUAUGUGUUCAUACUUCAUACGGCAACAAGCUAGAUUAAUUAUCAAAUAAUGAAAUUACACUACUCACCUUAUGCC